GUUUUGAAAGUCAAAACGUUUCAACCAGAGGCUGGGGAUGAAAAGUCAGUCCAGCUGGGCUGACUUCCCAUCCCCAGUGCAAGAUCUGGCAGGGGGCGGAAGGCAGCCAGCUGGACUGCUUCCCAGUUCCCCGCGCUACAUCACACCAAAUUGGGCCGAAUCUCCUCCGAAUCGAAUCAGCACCUGAAACUUCGCACAGUCCUAGUGUACAUUGGCUGUGUGGCGUGUACCAUGGCUGGGUGACCCACCACGCUGACUGCCUGAAUUCAUUAGAUAGAAGGGUAAACAACUGGAAAAAAAACAGAAAGGAGUUAAAAAAAACACAUGAAAAAACAGAAACAGCAGUCUUAAUUGUGACAAUAAGCCUUUGGGGAUGGAGACCAUUGUUUUUUGUUCUGUGCUUGCAUAACAACUCAUACUAAUCUGGUCCCAGUGUGUAGAUUAAGGGAGAAAAAAAGACUUUUUUCUACUGGGACCAGAUUAGUAUUAGUACCCAGAGCGCCCAAACAUUUGCAAGAGUUUUGCAAUCCACUAGAUAACAGAUGAAACCCAGUACAAAAGACAAAUAGCUUCCACUUAAAGUAAAUACAGUCUUUCCACACAGCCUUCUAAUGGGAAAUGGCUGAAAAAAACCAGGAAUUGAUGUGUGGUGGGGGCUGGAAGUUCAAAGGUGGGUAUGUAUAUCUGCUACAUAUAAAGCAGUCAAAGCACUGAAAUGCUAAAGCCAAAGCCAAGACCCAGGUGAACAAGCUGAUGAUGCAGAGACCAGCAGUCGGCAUGGGGAGAGCUAUACAACAAACUCUUGUUGCUUUAUUCAUGGUAGCAGCAGUGUUCUGUAAGGCUGAGGACAGCUGCCCAGAAGUGAGCAUUGUGGGUCUCAAUGGUUCUGAUAAACUCACCAUUCUGCGCGGGUGCCCCGGGACAGCUGGUGCACCAGGACCCAAAGGGGAACCAGGAACUGCAGGACUGAAAGGGGAAAAGGGAGCCCCAGGGAUCCCUGGAAAAGCAGGACCAGCUGGGAUGAAAGGAGAAAGAGGUGUGGCUGGCCCCCCUGGACCAGAAGGAAUAAGAGACCUGGAAGACCUUUUCUGUAGACAAGGAGCAAGGAACUGCAAAGAGCUGUUAUCCAGAGGGAACAUCCUGAGUGGCUGGUACACCAUCUACCCACAUGACUGUAAUGCAAUGACUGUGCUGUGUGACAUGGACACCGAUGGUGGAGGAUGGAUUGUUUUCCAGAGACGGGCAGAUGGUUCUGUGGACUUUUACCGUGAUUGGGAAUCAUACAAGCGAGGUUUUGGGAACCAGCUGACAGAAUUCUGGCUGGGGAAUGACAAUAUUCACCUGUUAACAUCAUUUGGAGAGAACGAACUUCACAUAGACCUCAGAGAUUUUGACAACAACUAUCAUUUCGCCAAAUACAAAUCAUUCAAAGUUUUGGGAGAGACUGAGAAAUACAAACUGAUCCUUGGGGAUUUUGUUGGUGGUAACGCAGGGGAUUCACUGAGCAGCCACAAAAACAUGGUGUUUACAACCAAAGACCGUGACAAUGACCCAGAUCCCAACAACUGUGCUGAAAUCUUCAAGGGAGCCUGGUGGUACAAUAAGUGCCACCUCUCCAACCUGAAUGGGCUAUACCAUAGGGGACCUCAUAGCAGCUUUGCAGACGGCGUGAAUUGGCAAACAGGCCAGGGAUACAAGUACUCCUACAGGCUGUCAGAGAUGAAAUUCAGGCCUGUAUAGCCAAGCAGGAGGGAAUCUAGAAGCAAACAGUUAGUUGGAGACAUCUAAUUAGGUAAUUAUUUCCCAUGUCAAGAAGUAGUCAUCUUCAUAUAUGUGCUUUAGUUAUCUGUAUCCCUUGGACAAAAGGCAAGGUGCAUUCUGUUAAUUUAUGUUAGUCCUUGGUGACUUGGGUCUGUCUUGCUCCACUCUGUAUUUUUAAAAAAAAAUUUAUAUAAAAAAAGCAAAACUAAAAUAAAUCAACAGUACGCAUUUCAGAACUAACCAAGAAUGAAAUGACAGAAUGAUCACAUUGAUGUCACAACUAAACACAAAGUAAUGAAACAGUAAAACAACAAUCCAUGUUGUAGCAAGGUUGAAGCAUUGUAGCUGUGACCGCCCAGGAAAUGUAUGCAAGAUAAGGAUUUUUUGUGCAUAGCUGGGAGACCCGUUGGACAAGCUUUGCGGCAAUGAAAAUGCUCUCCCUUAUGACCAAGGAAAGAUAUCAGGAUCAAAGAUACCACAAAAAAUCCUUGCCUAUCAUGAAAGAACUUUGAUACUGGAUUGAAUCAUCUGUUGGUCAAGUCAUUGACAUCACCAUUACAAUGAUCACUAAUAUUUACUUCUUCCUAAUACUAUACAAAAUUCAGGUUUUGCAAGUCAUUUAAAAGAUGUUUUAAUGGCUAUGUCAAAAAGUUACACAAUAAAAAUUCUGGAUAAAUCUUUUUAACACUUGGAGUCAAUCAAUGGCAGAAUCAGGGCAUACAUGAAAGAAGUGGCUUUGGUUCCAUGACCACAAACUAGCCACAUACAGGCACAUCCUAACAUGAUAAGAUGUCUCAUGUCUGUUCUUAUUGCUGAAGGGACAGAGAAGGAAGUGAGAGGCAUUUUCUUCAUAUGCCAUUAGUGGAUUGAGAACUGUUAGGCCUUCUGCCUCGUCUUGAUCCUUAUAACAGGUAUCUCCUGCUUACUUCACCUUAUAGUUCCACUUUUAGGGGCACAUAGAUAGUCUGUACAAUCUACAUAUAGUCAGUGUGGCUCAGUGCUUGUUAAGCUGGGCAGGCUUUGGCCAGGGGUCACUUAGAAAAGACCCACUCAGGAUGUCUGGAAAAAGCUGCUGUUGCCUCCUAUCAAAAAAUAGGAGUUUCAAAAGUCUCUUAGGAAAAAGCUGUCCCCAACCUUCUGCCUGAAUGAGAACAGCAGCAGUAUACCAAGCCAUCAGCAGUUGCUGUAGGCUUAACCAGUCUCAUAAAAAUACUAACAGCUUAGCCAGCAAGUUUAUCACUUGUUCACAUAUACACAACCUCUUGCAUGCUGUAGACCCACAGGUAGCCCACAAUAAGCCAUCGCAUCCUCACAAAGCAAGGUCAUUGGGGAAGUAGCUUUAACCAUUUUAAAGGGUCAUACUUGUUCCUGGUAGAAGCAAGAAACAAGCCUUCCCACCUUGCUAGCUGAGCACUCGCCCUACACUGAGGGGAAGGCAGGGUAAGCACGAGGAAAGUUACGGAGAGUCAUCUUGUAAUCCCUUGUCUCCUCAGGCACCAAACACAUCAUUUCUGUGUCAUGUCUAACCUGCAGUGACACGGGGAAUGAGAGCCCGUAAUCUGCAUUCAGAAUUAGAGCCCUACCUUUGGAUGGCCUCCUGUUGUGAUAUGGCUAGCGAAGGGACACUGCUCUCUACCGAUAUCACAGGAGGCACGCUGCCCUGCAAUGCUGUCUUGGCAGACAUAAGGCCGUGUUACACCUUACACUGUGAGCCACACAAAUGUUGAUCCGUAUUAGUGCUAGCUCGAGUUUGGAGCAGUCACAUGUGCAAGCCUGCAGGAGCCUGGAGGACUGAAAGGUAGGAAUCCCCCUCACCUCCCAUUCUGGGCUUCCCCCAUGACCCUUGCCCCCUGCAACCUCUCAGGGCUACCCUGCUCCCCCUGCCCAGGGUGGCAGAAG